AUGAAACUGCUUCUGAUAUUGUUGCUCGCAGCUGCUGUCAGCUGUGAGGAGGAUUCCGAUGAGGAAGUUAUUGACGAUAGGCCAAUACCCACUGUAAGCGUGGACCAAAUCAAAAUCUAUGGAGAACGAAAGUAUAUUUUAGCUCAAGCCCGCAUACACGAGGAUCGCAGAACGUUUGACAUUCAUGCGAAUGUUAUACGCGAAUUGGGCAGCAACAAUCUGAUCAUGAAUGUGAAUAUGCGAGCGAAAUUUGAGAAUGAAAAUGAAUUCAAAAAGAUCUUCGAACUGCGACGAUUGGAUUUCUGUGUCUGGCUGACGGAGUACAAUGAGAAUUUCUUUCUGCGCGCCUUCUUCAAGAAGAGCAUGACUCUGAGUGAGGUUAUUGAGUGUCCAGUUCGAGUUGGGAAUAUAUCACUGCAUAGUGUGAACAUGGCGGAUAAUGUUUAUCCGCAGAAUAUGGUACCGGGCACCUACAAGUAUUUCCUCGAGAUUGUCGAGGUCACGGGAGAUUUGCCCAAAGUAUUCGCUCUGCAGGUGACCACAAGAAUAUAUAUUAAAAAAGAAUAGACACGGAAAAUGUGUGAGUUUUUCUUUUACACACACAUAUGUAACUGCACAAAGGAUACGUAAUUACGGCAAGGACAACGACAUCGACAUCGACUACGAGGGGCUGCAUCCUGAGGUCAACCCCCCGUUGGUAAGCGGAUUGUUGCCUUCGAUUUUCUCUAUUUUUUUUCCAUUGUGCG